UCGCAGGGCUUUUGUCGCUCCACUCCUCCGCCGGGCGCUCUGCAGGCCUCAUGGCUCUCACCAUUAAUGCGUCCGCCGAGCAGCAAAAGCUCACCCAGACUCCUCUGCUCAAGAUCUGGGUGCCUUGGAUGGGCUGCAGCUUGAACCGCAGGAGGGGAUCCUCGGUGCCUCAGUUCUGUAACUCUCCCACGGUGAUCGUGAUGGUGGGUCUUCCUGCCAGAGGGAAGACGUACAUAUCCAAGAAGCUCACCCGCUACCUCAACUGGAUCGGAGUUCCUACAAAAAUGUUUAACGUCGGCCAGUACCGAAGAGAGGCCGUCAAGAUCUACAAGAACUUUGAGUUCUUUAAACCAGAUAACGAGGAGGCCAUGAGGAUCCGCAAGGCCUGUGCAGCAUCCGCCCUCAAAGACGUCACCGUCUACUUCAGCAAGGAACAGGGACAAGUGGCCGUGUUUGAUGCCACCAACACCACCAGGGAGAGGAGGGCCAGCAUUCUGAGUUUUGCGAAGGAGAAAGGCUACAAGAUUUUCUUUGUGGAAUCAAUCUGUGAUGACCCAGAGAUCAUUGCAGAGAAUAUCAAGCAAGUAAAGUUCGGGAGUCCAGAUUACGUGGAUCGUGACGUAGAUGAAGCCAAGGAAGACUUCAUCCAGCGCAUCGAGUGUUACAGAGCCAGCUACAUGUCGAUAGACGACGAGAAAGACAGGAAGCUCUCCUACAUCAAGAUCUUCGACGUGGGCAGCAGAUACCUGGUGAACCGGGUCCAGGACCACAUUCAGAGCAGGAUCGUCUACUACCUCAUGAACAUCCACGUCACGCCAAGGUCCAUCUAUCUGAGUCGCCACGGAGAGAGCGAACUCAACCUGCUGGGUCGCAUCGGGGGAGACUCGGGCCUCUCGCCCAGAGGACACAAGUACGCCAACUCCUUGGCAACCUUCAUCAAGAGUCAGAACAUCAAGGACCUGAAGGUGUGGACGAGCCACAUGAAGAGGACCAUCCAGACGGGAGAGGCUCUGGGGGUCCAGUACGAACAGUGGAAGGCUCUCAAUGAGAUCGACGCCGGCGUGUGUGAGGAGCUCACCUACGAGGAGAUUCAGGAGAAUUUCCCAGAGGAGUUUGCCCUGAGAGACCAGGACAAGUAUCGUUACCGUUACCCUAAGGGCGAAUCCUAUGAGGACAUCGUCCAUCGUCUGGAGCCGGUCAUCAUGGAGCUGGAGCGGCAGGAGAACGUCCUGGUCAUCUGUCACCAGGCUAUAAUGCGCUGCCUGUUGGCCUACCUCUUAGACAAACCUGCAGUUGGGCUGCCUUAUCUGAGAUGCCCCCUUCACACGGUGCUCAAACUCACACCCAUAGCCUACGGGUGUAAGGUCGAGUCUUUCUUCCUCAACAUCGAAGCAGUCAACACACACAGAGAGAGGCCAGAGAACGUGGACACCAACAGAGACCCAGAGGAAGCUCUGCAGACGGUUCCUGAUCACAUAUAGAAGCGUGUGAAACCGGAUGUUGCUGCAACUGAUGAGCUUCACACAAACACAAUAGAGACGCACUCCAGUUAAAGGCUGAUGGUGUGACAAUGGAAAGUGUGGUGGUGGGGGGGGCCUUCAAAGCACAAGAAGAAGAAAAGAUGGUAGAAACGAGACUGAGGCUACGUCCAUACGACUACAUCGAUGGACUCCCCUGAAGAUCAUCACCUGCAGCUGUAGAUUCUGUUUUUGCCUGUGAAUCGUUCCUGUGUCUUUUUCUAACUCAAGUUUCUCAACAUUUUUUAAAGUGUCACGAUGUUUACAAAAAGGCUGAGAGGAGGCGGAGCUUAGAGACCUUCGAUAACCUGGGACUUAGCACAUGUGUAACUGUUGUGUACAGAUGUGGAAACACCACACGUUGCUGAUUAUCAGGGUCGGUAUCAGCACCAUGGACAGCACCAACACAGAUCUCAUUGUUUUUGUGUAGUAAAGUGGACGAGACGCCAAAAUCUACUGAGUGUGAAUAAAAGAAUGUAAAUAAAUAAACUACACAAUG